AUGGCGGCGGCCGGAGACAGCAGCGUGAGGAGGAGAAGAGUAGAAACACAGGACAGUACCUCCCCUGGGACACAGAGGACACAGGGGACUGAUGACAGCGCUGCGACGGGGACAGAGAGGGCAGAGGAGCCGGCGCCCCGGUGUCUGAGGCCCGGGACGUACUGGCUCACGCGGAUCGUGCUGCUCCGAGCUGUGGCCUUUAUUUACUUUGUGGCCUUCAGCGUGGCCCUGAACCAGAACAAGGCUCUGAUCGGAGAGCGCGGCCUUCUUCCAUGUAAGGAUUAUCUGAACAGUGUGAAGCGAUAUGUGGGGGGCAGGAUUGGCCUGGAUGCCUUGGUCUACACACCCACCAUCCUCUGGUUCCUGGACUGGAGCCACAUGGACUGGAACCUGGACGCCAUCGCAGUCCUGGGGAUGGUUCUGUCAGGGUUUGUGCUGGUCUCUGGGAUGGCGAACAUGGUGUUGAUGGUUCUGCUGUGGUUGUUGUACCACUCCCUGGUCAGUGUGGGGCAGCUGUGGUAUUCAUUUGGUUGGGAGAGUCAGCUGCUGGAGACAGGGUUCCUGGCCGUGUUCCUGGUUCCUCUCUGGUCUCUGUCGAUGGUUCCUCGCUGUUUGAGCCCUUCCCUCGUCUGUGUGUGGGCCUUCAGGUGGCUCAUCGCACGCAUCAUGUUGGGAGCGGGACUUAUUAAAAUCCGAGGAGACAAAUGUUGGCUGGACCUCACCUGUAUGGACUACCACUAUGAGACCCAGCCGGUCCCUAACCCGUUGUCAUAUUUCCUUCAUCGCUCGCCCUGGUGGAUUCAUCGCUGUGAGACUCUGUCCAAUCACAUCAUCGAGCUCAUUGUUCCUUUCUUCACCGUGAUUGGCCGACGCAUGUGUAUGGUCCACGGCGCCAUACAGAUACUGUUCCAGCUGGUCCUGAUACUCAGUGGGAACCUGAGCUUCCUGAACUGGCUCACCAUUGUUCCCAGUUUGUCAUGUUUCGACGACGCAGCCCUGGAAUUUCUGUUCCGCUCCAAGGGCGGAGCCAAGGACCAGGUUCUGAAGAUACAAGAAGAGACUGAAGCUGGACUAUCACCAAAGACCAGCAGAGGGAUGCAGAUUCGUAAAGUGGUUAAUGUCUCUCUGGGCCUCCUGAUUGGCUGCCUGAGCGUUCCCGUGGUGAUGAACCUGCUCAGCUCCAAACAAGUGAUGAACACAUCCUUCGACCCACUGCGCAUCGUCAACACAUAUGGGGCCUUUGGCAGCAUCACUAAGGAGCGCACGGAGGUGAUCCUGCAGGGCACGUCAGCUGCAGACCCCAAAGACCCCAGCGCUGUGUGGGAGGAGUACCAGUUCUUGUGUAAACCUGGGGACGUGUACAGACGCCCCUGUUUCAUUUCUCCCUACCACCUCCGCCUCGACUGGCUCAUGUGGUUCGCAGCGUUCCAGACGUAUGAACAGAGUGAGUGGGUGAUCCACAUCGCCGGCCGUCUACUCUCCAACGACAGCUCUGUGCUCUCUCUGAUCGACCACAACCCUUUUCAUGGCAGCGCCUCCCCCAGAUGGGUUCGAGGAGAGCACUACAUCUACAGGUUCAGCAAACCUGGCAGCUCCAGUGCCGCUCGAGGACAGUGGUGGAUCAGGAAGAGGAUCGGGCCAUACUUUCCUCCUGUGGACCUGGAGGGACUCCGGGGCUACUUCCAGUCCCGCAACUGGCCCCACCCCCUUGUCCCCAAGGGGAGGAACUAG